AUAUAAUGAUUCAAACGCGACCACGUUCACAGAUAGUCAAGUGUAUAUUGCGUGUUUUAUAGCCGUGUUUCAGUACAGUUAUGUCAUUGAGAACUCAGCUUCAGCUCAGCAUGUUGUCUUUUUUCUGGAGAAACGGAAUAGAGACACCAGAGCCCCUAAAGGCGGACGUGUCAGGCUCUAUCCCACCAUGGCUUCAGGGGACACUUCUGCGCAAUGGUCCUGGUCUGUUCUCAGUUGGCAACACUUCAUACAAGCACUGGUUUGAUGGAAUGGCGCUCAUUCACAGCUUCACAUUUAAAGAUGGGGAAGUUUUUUAUCGAAGUAAAUACUUGAAGAGUGAAACAUACAAAAAGAACAUCGCUGCCGACAGGAUCGUUGUGUCUGAGUUUGGAACAAUGGUGUACCCUGAUCCCUGCAAGAAUAUAUUCUCCAGAGCCUUCAGUUACAUGAUGAACGCCAUUCCAGAUUUUACAGAUAACAAUCUAAUUAACAUCAUAAAAUACGGUGAAGAUUAUUAUGCAUCAUCGGAGGUCAACUACAUCAACCAAAUUGACCCACUGACACUUGAAACGCUAGGACGAACUAACUACAGAAACCACAUUGCCAUCAACUUGGCAACCGCUCACCCUCACUAUGACGAGGAAGGGAACACAUACAACAUGGGCACAGCGAUCAUGAACCUCGGCAGACCCAAAUAUGUGAUUUUCAAGGUGCCUGCCAAUACCUCAGAUAAGGAAAAUAAGAAGCCAGCACUCAGCGAGGUGGAACAAGUUUGCUCCAUUCCCAUCCGCUCCUCCUUGUAUCCGAGCUACUUCCACAGCUUUGGCAUGACGGAGAACUACAUCAUCUUCGUAGAGCAGGCCUUCAAACUAGACAUCGUCAAACUGGCUACAGCUUACUUCAGAGAUAUCAACUGGGGAAGCUGCCUAAAAUUCGACCAAGAUGACAUUAAUGUGUUCCAUCUGGUCAAUAAGAAGACUGGGAAGGCAGUGAGCGUGAAGUACUACACGGACCCGUUUGUGACCUUCCACCACAUCAAUGCUUAUGAGGACGAUGGCCACGUCGUCUUUGAUCUGAUUACAUACAAGGACAGUAAGCUGUAUGAUAUGUUCUACAUACAAAACAUGAAGCAAGACGUCAAAAGGUUUAUAGAGACCAACAAGGACUUCGCUCAACCAGUGUGCCAGCGGUUUGUCCUUCCCGUCAACGUAGAUAAGGAAACACCACAAGACAUCAACCUAGUCAAGUUGCAGGACACAACAGCCACAGCGGUCCUGAAAGAGGACGGCUCUGUCUACUGCACCCCUGACAUCAUUUUUAAGGGUUUAGAGUUGCCAGCUAUCAACUACAAAUUUAACAGUAAGAAGAACAGGUACUUCUAUGGCACCAGGGUGGAGUGGUCACCAUAUCCAAACAAGGUCGCAAAAGUGGAUGUAGUUACCAGGACACAUAAGAUUUGGACAGAGGAGGAAUGUUACCCAUCUGAGCCAGUGUUUAUAGCCUCCCCAGACGCCGUUGAUGAAGAUGACGGUGUCAUUCUUUCUUCUGUGGUUUCAUUCAAUCCCCAAAGGCCACCUUUCCUGGUGGUCCUGGAUGCUAAGUCCUUCAAAGAGAUUGCUCGCGCUACCAUCGAUGCCAGUAUUCAUAUGGACUUGCAUGGCCUUUUCAUCCAUGACAAAUCUACCUAAAAAGGACACGCACUUUAUAAUGAUCUGACAACCCAUUCUGAGUGGGAUUAAUUUAUUUUUGUAAAGAUAUGUACAAGAUAUAAACAAAGGGAAAUUUUCAGAAUCGUAUUUAUUUCAUGAUUGUGAUUUGUAUUAUAGAUAUUCUGUAAAACAGGGUAUUGUUACAAUUGAGUGGAUUUUAAGUGAUUGUAUAAACAAAAACUUGCAAAUUUAUGUUUUUUUCUUGUAAAUUAAUAUGGACAGAACUUUCUGCUGAAUGAAUUGUUGUAAUUCUAAUAAUUGUACAGACAACCUGUAAAACAGGCUAUUGCAUACAAUGUAAAUGACUUCUACUCAUUGAAUUUAAAACUGUGAAUCAUUAUGUUACUGUAAUUCAUGUGUGUGCCAUUAAAUGGAACGAUUUCUUUAGUA